AUGAGUCACCAGCACCAUGAGGAUGAACUUUGUGACAUAAAGUCAAUGACAGGAGAUUAUCCCGGGAUUAUCGGAUUUAACCUUGCUGACUUAGAUACUAAUGGGCUGGACAUGAUCUCGGAACUUGGCAAGCGAGCAUACGCACGUGGUAACCUAAUAGCGUUUCACAUGGAAAUGAGCAAUCCUGUAACAGGUGGCCCGAACUUGAUAAAACAAGACAGCGGAGAGGUGUUGCAUACUGUCCGAAGAAUUUUACCAGGAGGUGACAAGCACCAGAAGUUGCUGUCCAUUUUAGACGCCCUUGCUGCGUUCGUUCACACGUUCAAGGACGACCAAGGCCAUUACAUCCCAGUUAUCUUCAGACCAUUUCACGAAAACAACGCAAAGUGGUUUUGGUACGGUCAAAACAACGCGGCGCAAAACACACCCGAUGAUUACACGAAGUUAUGGCGGUUCACCGUGGAAUACCUCCGCGACACGAAACAAGUCCAUAACUUCCUUUACGUCUACGCUCCGAGCGACCAAUAUUUGGACUUCCAUAAAGAUGGUGCAGCAACGGCUUAUCUGAAGACCUUUCCAGGGGACGCCUACGUGGACGUAAUGGCGUUUGACGGCUACCAUAACGUCUUUACUGACGCUUUAGUUCCUACGUACGUCCACCAUGUUCAUGAGCUAGUGGUCGAGGCAGAAAGACGCGGCAAAAUACCAGCCAUAGCUGAAAUCGGUUUACAACACAACGGCAUUGAGAAGAAUCACAGCUUUUGGAUGAACAGAGUUCUCUCCCCUAUCAAAGCCAGUCCUGUCACCAGGCGGCUGGCGUACAUUAUGACCUGGACCAAUAGAUGCGCUCAGGCCUGUUCAAUAUGGUUGCCUUAUAAAGGACAUCCAUCGGAAGCCGACUUUCUCCAGUUUUAUCACGACAAUAUAACCGUCUUCAGUCGGGAAAUGCCCGAUCUGUAUACAUAA